AUGGCGGAAGAAGCGAGUACUGAAGGAGAGAAAAUUUUCAAUGUGGACGAUUGGUGUUCAUCAGUUGAGGAUAUGACUGCUACUGCUACUGAAGGUAGAAGAAGGUGUGCCAUUAUUGAGGAAUUAGCUCAACUAGGGGCGGUCGUGCAUACUUGUUCUCGAAACGAGGUUGAACUCAACAACUUCUUGCGGUUUUGGAUCACAAAGGGUUUCCAUGUUACUAGGUCGGUUUUCGAUACUUCGCCUCGUCCUCAACGAGAGAAACUCAUGAAGAUUGUCUCCUCUGUUUUCAAUGGCAAGCUCAAUAUCCUUAUAAUCAAUUCUGGUAUAAGUAUAGCAAAGCCAACCAUCGACUACACUGCGGAAGAAUAUUCAGCCCUGAUGGCUUCCAACUUUGAUUAUGCUUUCCAUCUAUGCCAACUUGCACAUCCUCUUUUGAAAUCAUCAGGAGUGGGAAGCAUUGUAUUCAUCUCCUCCGUUUCUGGUGUCGUGGCAGUUGGUAUUGGAAAUUUUUAUGCAGUAAACAUGGGAGCAAUUCAUCAACUUACGAAGAACUUGGCCUGUGAAUGGCCAAAAGACAAUAUUAGGAGCAACUCUGUUGCACCUGGGCAUAUCAAUCUAUCACUUCCGGAUCAUUUGGUCAACAAAGAGUUUUUUGAAUGGCUAGUCUCUCGAACUCCUCUUCGGCGCCCUGGAGAGCCAAAUGAGGUAUCCUCCCUAGUGGCAUUCCUUUGCCUACCUGCUGCCUCAUACAUCACUGGCCAGGUUAUCUCUGUUGAUGGUGGAAUGACGGUUAAUGGCCUCUAGCCAACUUGUGAUUAGAGACUCCAAUCAGCA